AUGAUCUCCAUCACUGAAUGGCAGAAGCUUGGUGUGGGCACCACCGGCUUCGGCAUCUUCUUCAUCUUCCUUGGAGUACUCCUAUACUUUGAUUCCGUGCUCCUGGCCUUCGGAAAUCUGCUGUUCCUGACCGGCCUCUCCCUCAUCAUUGGCCUGAAGAAGACUUUCUCCUUCUUCUUCCAGAGACACAAGCUCAAGGGGACCAGCUUCUUCCUGGGAGGCGUGGUCAUCGUGCUCCUGCGCUGGCCCCUCCUGGGCAUGUUUCUAGAAACCUAUGGAUUUUUUAGCCUCUUCAAGGGCUUCUUCCCUGUUGCCUUUGGCUUCCUGGGCAAUGCCUUCAACAUCCCUUUCCUGAGUUCGCUGUUCCAGAGGCUUCAAGGCACCAGCUCAAUGGUCUGA